AUGAACCAACUUUUUGGUGAAAUCCCUGAAUCUGUUUCACGUUUGCAUGGAAUUGAUUUGUCCUUCAAUAGUUUGGAGGGCCACAUUCCACCCGACGUAUGGCUUAGAUUUGGGAGACAAUCGUUCCUUGGGAAUCUCAAUUUACAUCUUCCAACUAGUUCCACAUUUGAUCUGGAUAUUCUUUACUAUGUAAUCUUUGUGUUUUUCAUUAUUUGUGGAACCUAUUUCAUAUUCUCCAAAAGAAGGGAAAAGAAAGAAGCAUCAGUCACACCUCAUCCCGAACAUGGUGACAUAUUCAACAUUUGGAACUUCGAUGGCAACAUCGCCUAUCAAGAAAUCAUUGAAGCAACUGCAGACUUUGACUUCAGAUACUGCAUUGGAACUGAAGGCUAUGGGAGCGUCUACAGAGCUCUACUGCCCACCGGAAGAGUUGUUGCUGUGAAAAAGCUUCACAGAUUUGAAGGAGAUAAUCCUACCUUCGACUCCUCUUUUAGGAAUGAAGCCGAGGUUCUCUCUCAGAUUCGCCAUCGCCAUAUUGUCAAGCUUUUUGGAUUUUGUCUGCACCAACGGAGCAUGUUUAUUAUCUACGACUACACGGAAAGAGGAAGCCUCUAUAGCGUGUUGAAGUAUGAUGAUGAAGCCGUGGAGCUGACCUGGAAGAAGAGGGUAAAUGUGGUGAAGGACAUUGCCAAUGCCCUGUCUUACAUGCAUCACGACUGCAGCCCCCCUAUUUUACACAGAGACAUAUCGAGCAGCAACAUACUCUUGGAUUCAGAGUUUGAAGGUUGUUUAUCUGAUUUUGGGACAGCUAGAUUGUUGGAUCCAGAUUCGUCUAAUCAGACUCUACUUGUGGGAACUCGGGGCUACAUUGCUCCAGUUUUCACUGGAAUCUUCGUAUGGUCCAAAAACAUAAAGAAAUCAGCUUCAGCAGCACCUGAUGGAAGACAUGGUGACAUAUUCAAGAUAUGGAACUAUGAUGGCAACAUCGCAUAUCAUGACAUCAUUGAAGCAACACUAGACUUUGACUUGAGAUACUGCAUUGGAACUGGUGCUUAUGGGAGUGUCUACAGAGCUCUACUGCCCACUGGAAGAGUUGUUGCGGUUAAGAAGCUUCAUGGAUUUGAAGGAGAUAAUCCUACUUUUGACUCCUCUUUUAGGAAUGAAGCCGAGGUUCUCUCUCAGAUUCGCCAUUGCCAUAUUGUCAAGCUUUAUGGAUUUUGUAUGCACCAGCGGAGCAUGUUUCUCAUCUACGACUACAUGGAAAGAGGAAGCCUCUUUGGUGUGUUGAAGGAUGAAGAAGAAGCCGUGGAGCUGAACUGGAAGAAGAGGGUAAAUGUCGUGAAGGGCAUUGCCAAUGCACUUUCUUACAUGCAUCAUGAUUGCAGCCCACCUAUUUUACACAGGGACAUUUCGAGCAGCAACAUACUCUUGGAUUCAGAGUUUGAAGGCUGUUUAUCUGAUUUUGGGACAGCUAGAGUGUUGGAUCCAGAUUCAUCCAAUCAAACUCUACUUGUGGGAACUCGGGGCUAUAUUGCACCAGAGUUGGCCUUCACAAUGGUGGUUACAGAAAAAUGUGAUGUGUAUAGCUUCGGAGUUCUGGCACUGGAAGUCAUGUUUGGGGACCACCCGGGGGAUUUUGUUUCCUCCAUGACGAUGAUGAAGAGAUCCACGCAGGUUGCUCAAAACAUGAUGGUGCAGCAACUAUUAGACAAGAGGCUACCAUCUCCGGAUGAAGAUGUAAGAGUGUCGAGGGAAGUGGCUGGAGUGGUUAAAACAGCACUGAAAUGCAUUAGCUCUGAUCCGAAGUCGAGGCUGCCAAUGAAGGAGGUGGCUCAAGAACUUGCUAAGCAUCCACCAGGAUUGCCAAUCCCAUUCCGCUCCAUAUCAGUGCUUCAUCUCAUGUAUUCAGAUUGAACUCAUUAACCAUAUGCUAAUGCCUCUGUUUUUCCUC